GGUGUUUUUCCAGAUUGUUGCGGUCGAAAACGCCUGAAUUAAUAAAGAUCUACUUUAUUCAUCAAGGAGGAAAUUACUUUUCCAGAGUACAAUAAACAAUAAACAAUAAACAAAGGUCAGUGGAAUAAACAUAAAUACACAGAGGUUAGGAGUAAAAUAGAAAUAAGAAUAUUAAGUACAAAAUACAAGUUUCUGGAAGUGUCUGAAAAAAUAAGAAUUAAAAUAAACAAGAAAAAUAAAAUGACACAAGUAGAAGAUGUAAACUGAAUACUAAAACUAAUAACAAUAAAGUUUAACAGGAAAUGAAGUGAUGUAGGAGUAAACUAGAGUCUACAGGAAACAGUCUGAUGAUUUUUUACAUAGAAAAGUUUGUUGAUCAUGUAUCACUGCCAAUUUAAGUUCUAACCUCUGAAUUUCUAUGAUCAGACAUUUGCUUCUAACAUCAAUGCAUUUUGAUUUGUAUAUUUUUUUGUGUUUUUAACACAAUUUAAAAAUUCUACAGUCCUUCCUGGGUAGAGUUAUUAGAAAUAGUUGAUAAAUGAAACGGCUCCAUCUGCUGGUGAGAAAAUGAGACAUCAGCUGUUGAUCAUUUACUGACAAGGAAGAGAAAUGAAAUCCAAAGUUCACUUUGUCAUUGUUGAAUGGAGGUGAAACACCAUUACGGAAUAUCUGAGCUGAAAACAUGAACUAGAAAGACUAAACUGCAGUUCUACAACACCGGAGUUUGAGUCUGACUGCUGACGGAGAAUUCAUUCAAACACCAGCAUCUAAAGGAGACACGAUUAACUGCAGUUUUAUUGAAAUCAAGUCCACCCACAAGACCAGGAAAGAGAACUUAAAGUUUACGUUUCUGAUCAGAGCGGAGACGUCGUUACCUGAAACUGUGGGAUCUGUACUGAAGAACACUGACUGGAGGACUGGAAGUCAAAGGGACUGAGUUUUGGUGAGUCUUGUUGUUGGAAAGAAAUCUGGAAAUCAGUGGAAAUGGCUGAGAAAAUUGCUGUUGUUGAAAGUUUCCUGAGUUGCCACGUAUGUUCAGAGACUUUCAGAGAUCCUGUGUCUCUGAGCUGCAACCACAGUUUCUGUUCAAGCUGCCUGCAGGAAUUCUGGGAACAAGCUAAAAACAAAAACUGUCCCAUCUGUAAAAGAAAAUCCUCUAAAGAUCAUCCAGCAGUGAACUUUAUACUGAAGGAACUGGCCGUUUCCUUUGCUGGGAGACAGAAAACUGGAUCAUCUGAAGCAGAAAAAGUGGAGCAGAAAGUGGAGGUGGUGUGUAGUAAACAUCCAGAAGAAGCUCGAUUGUUCUGUAAAGAUGAAGGCAGAGCUAUUUGUCCUGUCUGUGAGUUUUCUCUCCACCAGAGUCACACAGUGGUUCCUAUAGAACAAGCAGUCAGUGACCUGAAGGAAAAGCUGAAAUCUGACUUAAAGUCUCUGCAGGACAAGAAGGACAAAUACAAACGAGUGGAGGAAACGUACGGAGAAAUGAGAGAACACAACAAGAAUCAGCUGUUGUCCACAGAGAGGCAGAUCAGAGCAGAGUUCAACAAACUCCAGCAGUUCCUGAAGGAGGAAGAGGAGUCCAGACUGGCAGCUCUGAGGGAGGAAGAGGAGCAGAAGAGGAAGACCAUCAGCAGAGAGAUGGAGAGGAUCCAGGAGCAGAUCUGCUCUCUGUCAGACAGCAUCUCUGCUGUAGAAGAAGAGCUGCAGAAACACAACAUGUCGUUCCUCAGAGGUUAUAAAGACGCUCAGACCAGAGCCAGAGCCCAGAGCUCACUGUCAGACCCACAGCUGCUCUCAGGAGCUCUGACAGAUGUGGCCAAACAUCUGGGCAACCUGUCCUUCAGAGUCUGGGAGAAGAUGAAGGAGAAGGUCCACUUCAGUCCUGUCAUUCUGGACCCAAACACAGCAUACCCCCGUCUCUGUCUGUCUGAUGAUCUGACCAGUGUGAGAUAUGAAGACACAAAGCAGAAACUUCCUGAUAAUCCAGAGAGAAACAUGAAGUAUGCAAAUGUUCUGGGCUCUGAGGGCUUCAGUUCAGGGAAACACAGCUGGGAGGUGGAGGUGGGAGAUCAUCCUGACUGGAAUGUAGGUUUGGCUAAAGAGUCAGUUGACAGGAAGGGAAAGAUAAAGGAUUUACCAGAAUAUGGAAUCUGGUGUUUAGCAUAUCAAGGUGAAGAAUACAUUAAUGUUGUUGAUCAGACUGUCAGAGUGAAGAAGAAUCUCCAGAGGAUCAGAGUCCAGCUGGACUAUGACAGGGGGGAGGUUUCCUUCUCCGACUCUGAAGACAUGACUCAGAUCUGCACUCACAGAGACACUUUCACUGAGAAACUCUUCCCAUAUUUUAGCAUGGGAAGGUCUGGAUUUGCCAAAACUACUGAUAUUAAAAUCUGUCCCUCUGAGAUUUCUCUGAUGAUCAGGAAAGUUCUUUAAUGGUCCAAACUCUCAUCUUAAAACCCUAAAAUAACUCCAGCUUUAUUUCACUCUUCAUCACACUUUACAGUCAAACCUUCAUUCUAGAUCUUCACAUUCUUCAUUCUGUCUUUAAAACACAUCUGAUGUCACUUCAUAGUUUUUAUCACUGAAAUCUGUUCAACAACCAAAAUGAUUUUCAUCAACAAAACUGUUCAAAGCUGUUAAAACGUGCAGAAAUGACAUUUUCUGUACUUUGAAUUCAGCGUGUGUUUAAAUGAGACGAGAAGAAGAAGAAAAAGAUCCACUAAACUCUGAGACUGGAUCACAUCAUCAGUUUAAAGGUGGAAAUGUUUCAAUGUGUACAAAGUGAGGCUGAUGAUCUAAAUGUAGAUUCUGAUCCUGGUCAGCAGCAUCUGGACUCAACAUCUGGAUCAAAGACUUUGUUUGACUUUUUCUUUUAUCCUCAUCAGUCGUGUUUUUUCUUUGUGAGAUUUCUUCAUUUAUUGUUCGGUUAUUUUAGUUUUUAAAAUGUUUUCUGAUCUACACAUUUUCUACAUUUCUGGGAAAUCUUUGAACAUUUUUGGUGAAAAAAGAGAAAUGUUAAAAAUGUUUCUCAUGUGAAUGUUCUUAAAGAAAAUAUUAGAAAUUUUACUGAUAUAUCUGUAAUCACUUUAGAUAUUUUUAGAGCUUUUUGUAAGAUUUUUUCUCAUUUUUUGAAAAUAUUUACAAGAGUUUUUCAUCGAAUUUGGCGGAUUUUUAAAAAUAAAACUUUUAAGGAAUUAUUGUAAUUUUCUUCCUGAAGGUUUUGCAAAUUUUCUGAAAUUUGUGGGAUUUUUUUGCUGAAUUUUUGGAUUUUUUUCAGACGAGGAAACAAUAUUUUUUGGUGCCGUUAAAUGAAGACAACAGGAGGGUUAAUCCAACUGUCUCUGCUUGUGUCUGAAAUGAAC